UUAUGGUCACAGUUUAUUCAUUCCUUGGAGUCCCAAUUGACUUUGAAUAUGUUUGCUCCUUACCGUGACUGAAGACUUUCCGCAAUGUAAUUUCGGAUUAUAUCUCGUGAGAUACCCACAGAUUAAACAGCGACCAGCAAACACCUCCCUGCAAGCACAGACACAGUUCAACACAUUCCGUGUACUCGUUGAGGAAGAAUUAUAUUUUUACUCGUCUAGGUUCAGAUCGACAGACGGAGACCCAAAAAGAUGCCACUGCUUUCUUCCACCCUCCUUGUCCGGACACACUCCCUCACCCUGGUUUUGUUCUCCUACUACCUCCUGACCUCGCCAUGGAAGCUCGUAUCUUCAGUCCCGAUCUGGGCUUUGGGCGAGUCCAUGUUCAUCCGCUCUCCAGACUACGCCCCCGAUCCUUUGCAUCCCUCUGAUCAUCAUCACCGAAAAGGAGAAUCUGGCUUCCGACCACCGGCCUUGCUGAAGAACCCUGCCCGCGGUCCCGGUACCAUCCCGGCCCUCACGGGGACGACGGCCGAACGAGAACUCUUCGCCGUCGUGGCCGUCUUACUCGUCGCCUACGCUCUCAUGCAGUUCAUCUUCGCCGGCGACUUGACCCUGAGCCUCGCUCCGUCCGAACCUACAAGCACAACAACAAGAACAAGAGCAGGCAAACAACAGGGCACAACUCCCCCACCGGCAGUAAGCUCUGCUCGCCUGGCUGAAGAACUUUACACCCUGCUCACGGCGCAGUCGCGUUGGCUUACACUGGCCGGUCUUCACGUCGUUGGUUCGUCGGCACUGGUGUUCUGGAUCUACAUGUUCCAUUCCGGUGUAACAUCAACGACAUCAGAGAAUUAUACCAUCUCUGACCUCCUUGCGAACCGCGUCACCUUUACCGUCGGUCUGGCAAAUAUGCUGUUCUGGGGUUAUCUGUGGACCACGGUGAAAGAUGAAGGGAGGGAGGUUGGUAAACUACUGGCAAGGAGGAGAGCCAUGGAGGAGGAAGAUGAAUGAUUUACUCGCACACAUCAAAUUCCGAUUUGAGACUCCGAAGACUUUACAAUUGCUUCACAUUGACAGUGGCAAUGACGACUGAGGGGGUGAUUAGGUGGAAAUAUCUUUCGACAGCAAAAUUUCCAAGUCACUCCAGGAUCCCGCAUCCACUUUCACCAGCCUGCAUGUGGUAUUCUCGAGACCGCGUCCCCUUUCGGUCACCCUUUACAGCAGCGCAGCGAGCCCAAGCAGGGCUGCACCCACAACACCCAAUCCCACACCCUGCACACUCAUUCGUCCAUCUGCAGCGUUACCUGCGGCCGACGUUGCGGCGGCGCUGGCACUGGAGGUAGCGCUACCCUGGCCUGCGGACGCGGAGGAUGCGGCGGCACUGGCGGAGGCAGAGGCGCUGCUCAUGGCGGAGGAGACUGAAGACGAAGCUGCCGAGGCGCUGCUACCGGUGGCGCUGGCGCUGGCGGUGGCUGCUGCAGUGCCGCCACUGGAA